CUAUUUAACAGUACAAGAUUAAUGCAUUCCAUGCCAUUCAUUCACUCACUCACGCAUUUGAAGCAUCUUCUCACUAUGCAGUUCACGUUUUAAGCUACUAGGAAUUAUUCACACUUUCUGCUAAAAGCAAAUCUUGCAUUCAGUGACUCUUUGAAAUGGGAGGGUCUUGGGUAGUUGGGUUUUUGGUUGUGGUUGGAUUUGCCUGCUUGGUGGGCCCUGUUUGGGUAGAUGGGUACCCUGCUGAGGAUCUGGUGGUGAAAUUGCCUGGUCAACCCAAGGUUGGGUUCAGGCAAUAUGCUGGAUAUGUUGAUAUUGAUGUCAAGCAUGGAAAGAGCUUGUUCUACUAUUUUGUGGAGGCUGAACAUGACCAUGGCAACAAGCCCCUCACCCUUUGGCUCAAUGGAGGUCCGGGGUGUUCUUCAAUUGGAGGAGGUGCCUUUACUGAACUAGGUCCCUUUUUUCCUAGUGGUGAUGGACGUGGUCUCAGGAGAAAUUCAAAGGCUUGGAAUAAAGCAUCUAACCUCCUCUUUGUGGAGUCUCCUGCUGGUGUUGGUUGGUCAUACUCAAAUACAACUUCUGAUUAUAACACUGGAGAUGCCUCCUCAGCCAAUGAUCUGCUUUUGUUCAUGCUGAAAUGGUACGAGAAGUUUCCUUCCUACAGAUCAAGGAAGCUGUUCCUUACUGGAGAAAGCUAUGCAGGACAUUACAUACCACAGUUAGCUAAUGCUGUUCUGGAUUACAAUGCUCAUUCAACUAGCUUCAAAUUCAACAUUAAAGGACUUGCUAUUGGAAACCCACUUCUGAAACUGGAACGUGAUGCAGAAGCAACAUAUGAAUAUUUCUGGUCUCAUGGAAUGAUUUCUGAUGAAAUUGGCAUGGCGAUUAUGAAUGAUUGUGAUUUUGAUGAUUACACCUUCACCUCUACUCACAAUGAGUCUAAAGCAUGCAACGAUGCCAUGAACAAAGCUAAUGAGAUUGUUGGCGAUUACAUAAACAACUAUGAUGUGAUUCUGGAUGUGUGCUAUCCAUCCAUAGUUCAACAGGAACUGAGGCUGAAAAAAAUUGCUACUAAAAUAAGCAUAGGUGUUGAUGUCUGUAUGAGUUUUGAAAGAAGCCUGUACUUCAACCUCCCUGAAGUUCAGAAGGCUCUGCAUGCAAACCGUACCAAUCUUCCAUAUAAGUGGUCCAUGUGCAGUCCGGUUUUGAAUUAUAGCGAAACUGAUCCUAAAAUCAAUAUCCUUCCAAUUCUCAAACGGAUCGUUAAAAACCAUAUUCCAGUAUGGGUUUUCAGUGGAGACCAAGAUUCUGUUGUGCCAUUACUCGGUUCUCGAACACUCAUUCGUGAACUAGCUCAUGAACUGCAGUACAAGGUUACAGUCCCAUAUGGAGCUUGGUUCCACAAAGGCCAGGUUGGAGGUUGGGUAACAGAAUAUGGAAAUUUGUUGACUUUCGCCACAGUAAGGGGAGCUGCUCACAUGGUACCUUAUGCACAGCCAUCAAGAGCACUUGGUCUAUUCAGUGCCUUUGUGCGUGGUAGCAGAUUGCCAAACACAACACGCCCUUCAAUUGAUGAAUAAUUAACAAGUUGGAUCUGCCAAACACAAACAAAACACACCCUUCAAUUGAUUCCUAGAGCUCAAGACUUUAGCCCAAAAGAUGAAGCAGUGAAAAAGAAAUUGAAAUUUAGAAGUGUCUAUUUAUUUGAAAGGCCAUUGGCUAUUUGUAUGGAAAACAUAAAGGAAAGUGGUGGAAUAAAAGUCCAUUCUUUCGUA